CCAAAGCCCGGUUAGAACUUUCACGUUCAGAUAUUGUUGAAUGAAUCAUUCUCUCAUUCUAAUGUUAAUUUUAUGCACGACACUAAUCUAUACCCUAUACUUCACAGUUGUAAGGAAUCAUGGAUUACAGUGAUGAUAAUAACACAUUUCCUGAUGAUAAUUACACAUUUCCUGACAUUAUUGAGUCUGUGACUCCUGAGAUUCAGCCGAUCCAGAUAGUGGCUCUGGUCAUGUACAGCCUUGUGGUCCUGCUGGGUGUGCCUGGAAAUGCUGUGGUGGUGUGGGUGACGGGGUUCUGCAUGUCCCGCUCUGUCACCUCCCUCUGGUUCCUCAACCUUGCUCUGGCUGAUCUUCUGUGCUGCCUCUCCAUCCCCUUUCUUAUGGUCCCUCUGGUCCACGACGAUCACUGGCAUUUCGGUCCGCUGGCCUGCAUGCUCAUCAGAGGCCUGUUUUACCUGGUGAUGUACUGCAGCAUCCUGCAGCUGGUUGUGAUCAGUGUGGAUCGUUUGUUGCUGGUCAUUAGACCCAUCUGGUGUCAGAACCACAGGCGACCCAAACAGGGUGCUUAUGGAUGUGUUGCUGUGUGGGUCCUGGCCCUGAAAGGCAGUAUCCCACAGUUUGUGUACGCCAAGCAGAUUGUGGCAGGUGACGAGAAGAGAGAGUGUAGGAUGGAGUACACUGUAGACAGUGCCUGGCCUGUCUCUGCUUUUCGCUUCCUGAUUGGAUUCAUUAUUCCUUUUUGUGGAAUAAUGGGCCAGGACCCACACAGCAACACAUCAAGACCAAAAGGUCUGUGGAUGCAAAUACUCUGCCUUUACUUUUUGCGUCAAUAAGAUUUUUUUUUCUGC